UACUCAUACGCAGUCACUUCAAGAUAAUUCAGUUAUGAAUAGUUAUCAAUUAUUGCGAGCGACAACUGAAUGACUCAAUCUGUUCGAAGCUAUACGCAUAUCAGUGAAAAUGGCUACGUUACCUUUGCAUCCGCCCAUUCAUAUACCAACUUUAGCUUUUAUUCCUGGAGGCUUUCGCACGGGAUAUAUGAUAAGAAUCAAAGGAACACUACGACAUUCUGGCCAAAGGAUAAGCAUCGACCUCCAAUGUGGUCCAGUACUGAAUCCCUUAGAUGACAUAGCUUUGCAUCUUAGUGUCCGUCCUCAAGAAUUCGCUAUUGUGCGUAAUCACUAUGAAAAACAAAGAUGGGGAGUAGAAGAACGCAGUGGAGGAUGUCCAAUUCGUCGUGGACAGGCUUACGAAAUAUUAAUUUUAGCUGAAAGUUCUGGAUAUAAAAUAGCCAUAAAUGGCACGCAUUUCUGUGAUUUCCGCCAUCGCAUUCCUCUAAAUAGAGUGCAGUAUUUGAAUAUCGGUGGCGAUACAGAUGUGAGUUUGAUUGGAUACGAGACAGACACUGGAAAACCUGUUCCUUACCAACCACCUCCGCAACCUCAACCAACGUAUCAACCCAUACAACCAUAUCAACCUCAACCACCGUAUCAACCUCAUCCUCCACAUCAACCCCAUCCGCCGCAUGCUCCGCAUCAACCAAGACCUCCGGUAAUGCCUAUAGCUCCAUGUGCUCCGUCAGCGCCAUCUCCACCGCCAGUGCCAGGAAUCAUUGCUGCACCGUAUCCAAUAGGUGAAUCGAAACCGAUAUAUCCGAAUCUUCCACCUCCAACAUCAAUGCCGAUGCCAACACCCAUCCAACCAGGACCACCUCCUCCCCCAUAUACACCGCCAUAUAUUCAUCGACCAAUCGAAACUAACCCAUAUCCGCCACCAUAUUCGUCAUCACCAUAUCCGAACCAGCAGCCGCCGAUCAAAAUCGAAGCGCAAACAUAUGCUACUAACGCUACUCCGGGGUAUGUAACCGGUUACACUACGUAUAGUCCGGCUCCAGUCUAUAUACAGGAGAAGAAAAAGAACAAUCAUACCGCUCUGAAGGUGGCUGCUGCGGUUGGUGGAGUUGGACUCGGAGCGUACGCUCUUUCACGUGCGUUCCAGAGUUCUUCUAGCAGUGAUUCUGACUAAGCCUGUAACAGAUUUCCGUCUAUCUAUCUUUGUAUGUAGUUUGUUUUCCUAGCCAGUAUUAGAAUGAAAUAUAUUCGAUUCGUAUUUAA